GACUGCCGGAAGAUGGAGCGCUUCUCUUCCAGUGUGAUUUGGAUCAUGGUCAUUUCCAGAGCAUUGGAAUUAGUUGCUGGUCUGGCCAGCAGAAGUGACAACAUUGGACCCCGCGAGGAGCCUGCAGUUCGCCUUCAGUCUUUGCAGUUUGUGUCUUCCCCGGGAAUCCUGGACAGUAAGGAGCUCAACAGAACCUGCUGUUUGAAUGGGGGAACCUGCAUGCUGGGGUCGUUCUGUGCCUGCCCCCCCUCCUUCUAUGGACGCAACUGUGAGCAUGAUGUGCGCAAAGAGAACUGCGGUUCCCUGCGCCAUGGCUCCUGGCUGCCCAGGAAGUGUUCCAUGUGUAAGUGCUGGCAUGGCCAGCUUCGCUGCUUUUCACAGGCAUUUCUACCUGGUUGUGAUGGCCAGGUGAUGGAUGACCACCUCACAGCCUCCGGGACUCCUGGGUUAGCACCGUCUGUGCACACCGUGCUCUUGCUCCCUGGCUUCUGCCUCGUUCUACAAAGCUACCAUAUUUAUGUGCAAUUUUUGUCGGGCAAAUUUUAUGGGGAUGAACAAUCAGUACGUCCGCCGGGAGAUCUUCUGCCGGAACACCUGUCACGAGCUCAAGCGCUUCUGGGAAAGGGAAAUCGGCAAACAGACCUACUACCGAGAGUCAGAGGAAUAUCGUCUGGGAAGAAGUGCACUGAGAAGGUGUGCAGCUUGGCUGCCUGA